GAAAUGGACUGUAUACUCUUUGAACCAGAGGGAGAAAAGAAUGUGUCGCCCACCUGCAAGACACCAACUGUUGGGAUUGUGCUAGAUUUUAUAGGCGGCCCAAUCUUGUCAAAUACGGAGAAUCAUUCAAACGAAGAGAGCAUAACAACUCUUACUUUUCAAGAUUCUGUCCCUGUUUUCGAAAGAGACUGUAUACUCCUUGAACCACAAGGAGAAAAAAAUGUGUCACCCACCCACAUGACACCAACUAAUGGGCAAACAGAGGUAGGGAAUGGAAUGGUUGGACACAUUCAAGACCAAAAUGGGAUUGUGCCAGAAUUUAUAGAAGGUCCAAACUUGUCAAAUACAGAGAAUUGUUCAACUGAAAAGAGCUUAACAACCCCUAAUUUUCAAGAUUCUGUCCCCGGUAAUUAUCCUGCCAUGGAUUUUCUAUUUCAUCUACCUACAGUGAAAGUGGUGAAGCCGGAGGUUCAAAAGAUUCUAAAAAUUUCUCUGCUUCAGCAGUGGGGUUUUUGAUGGGGGAAUAUGUCUCUGAAUCUAGUUGGAUAAUGCAUUGGCGUUCUGAUCUAGCUCCAAUGCAAACCAUGACUACUAUUUCCCACAUAAUGCCUCAUCUCACAGAAAAGCAAGAUAUAGGGACUGUGACGUUUAAGGCACAAUAUAGAGAUAAAAAAAUAAAAUUUCGUCUCUCUCUGCUGUCUGGAAUUGUCGAAUUGAAGAAAAUGAAUGGAUUUGCAGCUUCGAGGUCCAUUAUGAAGAUAAUUAUAAUGAGUGGAUUUUAAUAGGCUGUGAUACAGAUGUAUGGGACUGUUUUGAACUUUCGAGUUCAUCGGGAAAUGAAGUAGUUAGACUAUUGGUUCGUGAUUAGAUUACCAAUUCCAGGAAUUUCAGUAAAACUUGCACAAGGUUGAAGAGCAAAAAAUCACAGAAUGCUACAUUACUACAACAUCUAUAUUUCAGAGCUUGUUUACGGUUUUGGGGAGAUUUUGGCUUAGGAAAAUGCUAUAAGUUUUAAAUUUUAUAUCAAAUAAAUGACUAAAUAUCUCAUGUGGGUGUAAGGUCAUAAAAUUGCCGACCUCAUCCCCACGUGAGACAUUUAAUUAUUUGUUUAAUAGAAAAUUUGGCACUCUUAACAUUAUCCUUUGGCUUAUGAUUUUGUAAGUUGA